AUGAAAUAUCCCGCUAACGUUAUAUUACUACUACUGCAAAUUAUACUCCGAAGACAACAGAUAUUGUGCCAUCGUGAUGUGGGUCUUAAUAUGGAAGAUCUCAGGAAGGAUCCGAUAAUCGACAAUGAAAUACUGCAUGCUUUCCAAUCUCACAAGCUUACGAGACUAUAUGCCCCUGACAUCGAAGCAAUGACACUACGAGGACUCAAAUCGCUAGCAGCAGAUGUGUUUAGUGAAGGCAUCCCAUCUGAAGACGAAGAACAUUCCAAAGAGACUGUCGACAUACUGGACCUGGCAAAUUACUAUUACAAUCUUCGUAUCGAGGAACUAGAAAAUCAACUACCCAAAUUGAAAGAGGAGUUGCUGCAAAAACUGCAGAACUAG